AUGCCUAUCCGUGCCCUGUGCACCAUCUGCUCCGACUUCUUUGAUCACUCCCGCGACGUGGCCGCCAUCCAUUGCGGCCACACCUUCCACUCGCAUUGCCUAAUUCAGUGGUUUGAGACAGCACCGAGUCGGACCUGCCCGCAGUGCCGAAUCCAGGUUGGCAAAAGAACCAUUAUCAAUAAGCUCUACUUUGACCUUGCCCAGGAGGAGGAGAAUGUCUUAGAUGCAGAAUUCUUAAAGAAUGAACUGGAUAAUACCAGAGCCCUGCUUUCCCAGAAAGAGAAGGAAAAACGAGACAACCAGCUCAUCAUCGACUCUUUGCGGGACACGCUGGACGAGCGCAACGCCACUGUGGAGUCCCUGCAGAGGGCCUUGGACAAGGCUGAGAUGUUGUGCUCCGCCCUCAAGAAGCAGAUGAAGUACUUGGAGCAGCAGCAGGAUGAGGCCAAGCAAGCACGGGAAGAGGCCCGCCGACUCCGGAGCAAGAUGAAGAACAUGGAGCGAAUCGAGCUCCUACUCCAGAGCCAGCGGCCCGAGGUGGAGGAGAUGAUCCGAGACAUGGGUGUGGGACAGUCCGCGGUGGAGCAGUUGGCUGUGUUCUGCGUGUCCCUCAAGAAAGAGUACGAGAAUCUAAAAGAGGCCCGGAAGGCCUCAGGGGAGCUAGCUGACAAACUGAAGAAGGACUUGUUUUCUUCCAGAAGCAAGUUGCAGACAGUCUGCUCUGAACUGGACCAGGCCAAGUUGGAGCUGAGGUCAUCUCAGAAGGACUUACAGAGUGCUGACAAGGAAAUCGCGAGCCUGAAAAAAAAGCUGACGAUACUGCAGGAAACCCUGAAGCUGCCACCAGGAGACAGUGAAACUAUCAACCGCCUCGUUUUAGAGAGCCCAGCUCCUGUGGAGAUGGUGGGCCUGAAGCUUCGCCGGCCAGCCUUUGGCGAUGAUAUUGACCUCAAUGCUACCUUUAAUGUGGACACUCCCCCAUCCCAGCCCUCCACCACCCAGCAUGGCCUUGCCAAGAGGCUCUUCCCUGAGAAAGCACAUUCUCCUGUUCAGGAUGUUCCCAAGAAGAUAACCAAAGGCCCCAGGCAGGAGUCCCAGCUCUCACUGGGGGGCCAGCGCUGUCUGGGGGAGCCUGAUGAGGAGCUGGCUAGCGCGUUCCCCGUCUUCAUCCGGAAUGCUCUCCUGGGCCAGAAACAGACCAAGAGGGUCAGGGCAGAGCCCUGCCGCAGCACAGAUGCAGUAAGGAUUGGCUUCGAUGGACUUGGAGGCCGAACAAAAUUCAUCCAGCCUACCGACACAACUAUGAUCCGCCCACUGCUGGUUAAACCAAAGCCCAAGGGCAGGGCUAGGCAGAAACUGGGGGCCAGGACAGCACCCACCCCCUCCCAGGCCACACUGGACAAUUUCCUAUGGUAG